GCCUUAUCACCCGGCAGACACUCCUGUGGCUGCAGUGAGGCUGACCAUGUCCGCACGGGUGGCCCUCCUGCUGCUCUGGGGUCUCGCCCUGAACCCAGUGACCGAGGAGGCCCAAUACUUCGACCCAAGGCCAACCCUGUGGGCAGAGGCCGAAUCGCUGCUGGAACCCUGGGCCAACGUGACGCUGACAUGCCAGAGCCCCUUGUGGACCCUGGAGUUCCAGCUCUUCAAGGAUGGAGUGGCCCAGGGACUGGUGCACCUGGAUUCACCUGCCACCGAGUACAGAUUCCCGCUGGGAGCAGUGACCGGUGACACCCGGGGCCUCUACCGCUGCCACUACAGCAUGGACAGUAGGAGGAGCAGCCUGAGCAACCUCGUGGAGGUGACUGGAGCAGAGCCCCUGCCCCCACCCUUGCUCUCAACCAAACCCGUGCCCUGGAUCACACCGGGCCUGAACACGAGACUGCUGUGCCUCGGGGGACUUCGCGGUGUGACCUUCCUGCUGAGGCGGGAAGGUGAUGACAAGUUUCUGGAGGUGGCUGAGGCCCCAAAGGACAGGCAGGCCACCUUCCCAGUCCACCGGGCUGGCAUCUACAGCUGCAGCUACCGGACCCACGCAUCAGGCGCCCCCUCGGAGCCCAGUGCCACUGUGACCAUAGAGGAGCUGGCCACGCCGCCGCCACCCACGCUGACUCUGAAUGGCGGGUUUGCCGGGCUCCUACGCCCCGGCUCGAGCGCGACUCUCACCUGCGUGGCGCCCCUGAGCGGGGUGCACUUCCAGCUGCGGCGGGGCGAGGACGUGCUGCAGGUACCCAUGGCCAGUACCAGCCCAGACCGCCUCUUCUUCCAGCUGAACACGCUGGCCCCAGGAGACGGCGGUGUCUACACGUGCCGCUACCGGCUGCCAGAGGAGCUAGCGCUCUGGUCCUUGGACAGCGCGCCCGCCGAGCUGGUGCUGAGCGAUGGGACGCUCCCGGCGCCGGAGCUGUCGGCCGAGCCCGCGACUCUGAGUCCCGAGCCGGGGACGCUGGUGCAGCUGCGGUGCCGGGCCCCCCGCGCCGGCGUGCGCUUCUCCCUGGUGCGCGAGGGCGCGGGCCAGCGCCGGGUGCACGGUCUCUUGAGCCCCGCGGGGACGGAGGCCCACUUUGAGCUGCGCGACGUCUCGGCGGUCGACUCGGCCAACUACAGCUGCGUCUACACAGACACGGCGCCGCCCUUCGCGGGCUCCGCGCCCAGCGCGCCCGUGGAGCUGCGCGUGGACGGACCCCUGCCCAAGCCGCAGCUCCGGCCCCUGUGGACGGGGGCCAUGACUCCGGGCCGCGAUGCUGUCCUACGCUGCGAGGGCCACGUGCCCGACGUCUCCUUCCUGCUGCUACGGGCCGGCGAAGAGGAGCCCUCGGCGGUGGCCUGGACCACCCACCCCUCCGCGGACCUCGUGCUGACCUACGUGGGGCCCCAACACGCCGGCAACUACAGCUGCGGCUACCGCUCCCACUGGGCCCACUCCCUGCUGUCCCAGCUCAGCGACCCGGUGGAGCUCCAGGUGGCAGGAAGCUGAUUCGGCUGCAGACCCAGGCUGCUGAUGGUAUCCUUGGGAAGUCCUCUCUCCAGUCUGGCUCUGAUCCCUCUUCCUGCAGCUGGAAGCUGGACUUCCCCUGGGGGGAGAGGGCAGGGAUGGCUCUUCCUCAACCAUGCCAGGAAACAAUAAACGUGAAGACAGACUUUAAAAAUGUGUCUUUGGCCAAUGGCAGCCCUGAUGCAGGGGGACUGGAGUCCCAGAGCUGAGGGAAGUGGGCUGGGAUCCUGGGUCUUGAAGGUGGAUGGUCUCCGCGUUGGAUCCUGAGGGUAGGGGUGCCGAGGGUAGGGGUGCUUCUGGGCCCCCACUUUCAAGACUGCCUUCUUCUGCCUUCUUCUGUUAAGCUACUCCCCAGUCACCUCUGCCCAGUCGCCAGCAGGUGUGGGUGGGCAGCUUGAGGCUCCAAACAGAACUUGACUGAACUGGGAGGCAGUUCAGAGGCUGCAUUGUGUAGUUCUGUCUUCCCAGUCUGAGUGGCCACCAUGUGGUGGUGCCAGACUGUGUCUCCAACCAGAGGCCAGGUCUCCCACAUCAGAACUUGGAGCUGUGGGAGGAGUGGGAGUCCUGUCCUUCCCCACUGUCCCUCGAUUCUGAGGCCCCUUUGCCCCACCCGACGCCCUCCUGGACUAUUGCCCAGCUCCUGCCUGGAGCUUGGCCCUCGAGAUGUUGGCAUACAGCAGUUGUGUAUUAGGCUGGCAUUAUCAACUAAUACUUGAUAAACUGGGUUUUUUCAAGGAAUUUGCCUAUUUCUUCUGAGAGGUCUGAUUUACUGGCAUGGAGUUGCUCAUAACACUCCUUCAUUCUUUUAGUGCCUGCAGGGUCUGUAGUGAUGUCACCUCUUUCAUGACUGAUGUGGUGUCCCUUCUCCCUCUCUCUCUGUCAGUUUAGCUAGGAGCUCAUCAACUGCAUUAAUCUUUUCAAAGAACUUACUACAUUUUGGCUUUGCUCAUUUUUGUAUUGUCUCUUUUCUACUUUGUGAAUCUCUUCUUGUAUCAUUACUAGUCCCUUCCUUCUACUUACUUCUGAAUUAAUUUCUUCUUUUUCCUUUUCUUCAGGUGGAAACUUAGGUCAUUGACUUUUGGGGUUAAACAUUAGUAACAGCCUAAUGUUAGGCUUAAAAAUAGGUUUGUGUUACUUUAAAUCAUGGGAAAUUACUUCUUUGUGGAUAAAAAAAAGAUCGACUAUUGGCAGUUCAUCCAUUACAUCCAGUUGGUUGAUAUGUUGUUCAGUUCUUUUGUAUCCUUAUUGAUUUUCUGUCUUCUUGUUCUGCUGAUUCUAGAGAGAGGGGUGUUGAAGUCUCCAAGUAUAAUUGUGAAUUUGCCUGUUAUUUUCUUUCAGCUCUACCAGUUUUUGUUUCCUGUAUUUUAAGGCUUUGUUGUUAGAUGCAUACAUAUUUGGAAUUGUUUUGUGUUCUUGGUGAAUUGGCCCUUUAUUACUAUGUAAUUUCUCUCUUUAUUCCUGGUAAUUUUCCUUGUUCUGAAGUCUACUUGGUUUUAUAUUAACAUAGUCACUGCAGCAUUCUUUGAUGGAGUUUUCACAUUAUAUACCUUUCCCCACUCAUUUACCUUAAGCUUACCUAUAUCAUUAUAUUUAAAGUAGGUUUUUUAUUUUAUUUUUUUAAAAAUUCCUUUUAAUUGGUAUGUUUAGACUAUUUACAUGUAACAAUGGAUAUGCUUGGGUUUUGGUCCACCUUUUUCUUUUCUGUUUGUUCCUUCUGUUAUCCAUCUGUUUCCCCUUUCCUGCCCUCUUUUGGGUUAUUUUUUCUUAGGUUCCAUUUUAAUUCAUCUACUGAGUUUUUGAUCAUCUCUUUGUAUAGUCUUUUUUAGGGAUUUCACUAAGGAUUACAGUAUGCAUACUUAACUCUUCACAGUCAACUUAGAAUUAAUAUUUUACCACUUAAAGUAGGAUUUAGAAACUUUAUCACUAUAUAGGUCUCUUUAUCCUCCCCUCUUUAAACUUUUAUUUUUAUUUAUUUAUUUAUUUAUUUUUAUUUUUUUUCCUCUUUAAAUUUUUAAAAAAAUCUUGUACACUAAUGGUUUUCUUUGAGAUAUAAUUUAUAUACAGUAAAAUGUACAAAUCUAAAAUAUGUCACUGAAUGAAUUUUGAUACCCCCCUCUCUUUAUGCUGCAGUUGUCAUAUAUACCACGUUAACAUACACUGAAAACCCUACCAGAAAAUGUCAUAAAUUUUACUUUCCACCAUCAUACAUAUCUUAAAGAUCAAAUGUAAGCAAUCUAAAGUCCCUGUAGCAUUUCUUUUAGUACAGGCCUGCUUGCAACAGAUUGUCUUAGUUU